CGGCAUUGUUGACGAAUAUUGGAGCUGUUUGGAGUGUAGCUAUGUAUAGAUAUAGCUAUGUUUGAUGAGGAGAAAUAGAAGAAGAACGCCGGAAGUUGCUUUCUGUAUUGUCUUUGCUCUCUGGACGCUUGUCGCUAAGGGACUUGACAUAAAGGUAAAGAAUCCUCAAAAUUACAGGGUUGAGAUGUUCUCUCCUCUCCCACCACCCCUGUCCCCGGGCCAGGGAGGUGGCUCCUUUGGGAAUGCUGGCGAGGUAUCCAAGCUUGCUGAAGUUCGUGUUGCCAAAAGGAAAGGAGUGAAGAGACCACAGCCCAAGCUGGACUCCCACAGGUUGACAUCUAAAAAAGGACUUCCUGCUCUGCGAGCACUUUUUGAUGAUGUCCGUUUUAAAGGCAAAGGACAUGAGGCAGAGGACGUACGGGUACUGAUGCAAAAGAUGGAGAACUGGGCGCACAGGUUGUAUCCUAAACUUGAGUUUGAAGAUUUCAUCGACAAAGUGGAGAAACUGGGCGGCAAAAAGGAGGUGCAGACUUGUCUCAAACGGAUACGCUUAGACAUGCCACUGACACGCGAAGAUUUUACUGGUAUUGGUGAAGAAGAGGCUCCUCCUGUAUUUGACAUCUUGGGAGAUUCCAAUCCAUUUAGCAGUCAGAACUUCCCGAGUGAUUCACAAGAGCUAAUUCACUCCACCCCUGCUGUCACUUACAUGACGGAUGAGCAGCGCCAACGCAUGGAGCUGAACAGACAGCGAAGCCUGGAGAGAAGAAAGGUACGCCAGCAGCAGCAGCUCACAGAUUUACAGAUAGUUGACCCAUCAUUGCAAGCAAGCCAGUCCUCUGUGAACAUCCCAAAAUAUGUCAGCCAUUCCAAAGGACAAGACGGUGACAACAAUGAGCUGGACAGCAGCUGCGCCCAGCUGUCAUUCAAGACCCCCAGUCUUCCGCCAUGUGGUGUGAGCAAGCCCAAGCCUCUCGAGGAGAUUCAUGUGGAAUAAUGCCAACUACUCUACUCAGUUUUGCUUGAAAUCAUUGAGUUCAACCUUUUGUUUUUCCUUGCUCACUGCUUUUGCUUCUGAUGUAUGUUUUAUAUCUAAAGAUACUUCUGUGUGAACAAUGCUCAAUUCUAGCAGGAAAGUACUUUAAUAGUUUAAUACUUGGUUUUAUAGUCCGAGUCAAAUGUUUUGUCAUUAGUCUUGCUCUUGAUGAAACUUUUCAGUUUUAGUCAAUCAUAUUCAUGAUGCUGUUUAUCUUUACAGACCAUCUUGUAAUUAAGUUUCAUGUAAGUUGUAAUAACUGUUCAAUUAAGGUAGACUAUAAAAAAAAAAGAAUCUUACCAUUUUUUUAUUAAUAUCCACAGUAAAGAACACAAAUACUGCAUGUGUCACUGGUUAGCAAUAUCUAUCAAUGCUGCGACCUGAUUAUCACAAAAAGUGUACAACAUGUAAACUUGUAGCAGUAAUCUAAACUGGUUUAUGGUACAUUUGAGUCAAGGUCAUUCUCUGUGGGCUUCCACAUAUAUUAAAGGGCCACUGUCAUGAAAUGGAUGAUUUUUAAUAUAUUAAUAAAAAACAGCAGCCAA